AUGAGAAAAGUAAAUCCAAAUGCAACAAAAGGAAAAUUGUUGGAACAACGCGCAAAUAGUCUUCAAAUUGAUUUGACAACCGUGAACGAACACCCAACCCAAAUUUAUAAAACAGAAAACGUCCCGAAAAGUGUCUUUGAAAGAUGUUUUCAACUUGUUAAAGAUAACAUGAAAGACUUUGAUGAACAUUCUUCGCUUGGGUGGAACGAUGCAAACAAAAUUUGUGAGAUGAAAACAAGUGGCGGGUUUUACAUUGUGAUGGAAGAGGGGUUUGCGUCAAUUCGGUUUGAGGCAGAGGCAAAUCACAUCAACUGUUAUUUGUGGGAAAUACAAAUUGACAAAAAGUAUGUCCACCAAGGUUUUGGUACGCUUUUGAUGGAUUUUGUGUUUUAUGUCUGUCGCGAGGCGCAUUGCAAGAAGAUCUCUCUUCUAGUUCUUCGUUCGAAUACUUUCGCCAAACAGUUCUACGACAAACUUGGGUUUAAAGAAAAUGCCCGUCUCGCGCAAAGUGAUGAUGUGUGGAUUAUGGAAAAGAAACUAUAA